AUGGACACUUCUCCAAACGCACCCACAGAUCCCCCGUCCCUCACUAACGGUACAACCCUUCAAGACAGUAAGGGUUGGGAUGGCAAGCUUCGAGUGGAUCGAAGAGCUGUAAUUACCAAUGCGGAGAUUCUUUCAGAUCCAGAAUACUCAGACGAGGAUGCUCCUCCAGUAGAGCAGAUCGUCGCAGACGAGGACUUGCUCGAAGACUAUGAGCCCGAUGCUGAUGACAUCGAUCUCGUUCACUGCCGCGUCUCCGCAAUCGAGGCCCUCCAUCUUGAACGCUUCAACAAAGUCGAGAAAUUAUGCCUCCGCCAGAACCAGAUCUCGUACAUCGAACUGCCACCAAACCUGGGCCCGACACUGCACGAAAUAGACCUCUACGAUAACGUGAUAUCACACAUAAAGGGCUUAGAAAGCCUUGUACACCUUACAAGCUUAGACCUAAGCUUCAACAAGAUCAAGCAUAUCAAGAAUGUGGAUCAUCUCAAAGAGCUCAAGGACAUCUACUUUGUGCAGAACAAGAUCCAGAAGAUUGAGGGACUUGAUGGGUUGGCCAAGUUGAGGAAUUUAGAAUUGGCUGCGAAUCGAAUUAGGGAGAUGGAGAACCUGGAUACGUUGACAGGUUUGGAAGAGCUUUGGUUGGGGAAGAACAAGAUCACAGAACUCAAGAACAUAUCCCAUCUCAGCAACCUCAAGAUACUCUCCAUACAAUCGAAUCGCCUACCCAAAAUGUCUGGCCUUUCCGCCCUUAUCAACCUGGAAGAACUCUACAUCUCCCACAAUGCCUUGACUGAAAUUUCUGGCCUGGAGGAAAACACCAACCUCCGAGUCCUCGACAUCUCGAACAAUCAAAUCACUCAUCUCACGAACUUGGAGAAUCAAAAGCAUUUAGAAGAGUUGUGGGCUUCCUCGAACCUAAUCAUAUCGUUUGAAGAAGUGGAAAGGGAAUUGGCAGACAAGAAGGAGUUGAAUACGGUCUACUUCGAGAUGAACCCUCUGCAGUUGAAGAACCCGGCUUUGUAUAGAAACAAGAUCCGACUGGCGUUACCGCAGAUUCAGCAGAUCGAUGCAACUUAUGUACGAGUAACUUGA